CGAGUUGACCCAAGAUCGAAUAUACCUGCGGAUAAUAUAAUCCAAAUGUUUUUGGGUGGUCUAAAGGGAGAAAAUGCAAAGUUCGUUACUAUUUUGUCCCCGGUGACUUUAGAUGAAGCGAUAGAAGGUGCGCGAAAGGCUGAAUUAGGAGAAUAUUUCGGUCGCUAUGCAAAAGGAGAAAAAGAAAAACCCCGAUUUACCUUGGCUAAAUACUCUGUUGGAACCUCCGAAACGAACCUUAUUUGUUUUAGAUGUAAAGAAGUCAGCCAUGUGUCCCGUGGUUUACAAGACGAAUAUAGAUAUGAAAGUAAAACGACACAGAUUCGCCGGAUGAGGCAGCAUUGCAAUAACAACGUAGAUUCGCCGGAUGAGGCAACGUUAAGGUAA